AUGAUAUAUAAAUCAAAAAGUAAUUUUCAAAAUCAUCCUUUCCAUUUAGUAUCACCGUCACCUUGACCAUUGUUUACUAGUUUGUCUUUAUUUAUAUUAACAACAACUGCAGUUUUAUUUAUGCACGGAUUUCCUGGAUUCCAAUAUUUAGUAGCUUUAGCUGUAUUUAACGUUAUUUACGUUAUGGCUUUAUGAUUUAGAGAUGUAAUUUCAGAAGGAACUUAUUUAGGUAAUCAUACUAAUGCUGUACAAAAAGGAUUAAACUUAGGUGUAGGUUUAUUUAUUAUAUCUGAAGUUUUCUUCUUUUUAGCUAUAUUCUGAGCAUUUUUUCAUAGUGCAAUAUCACCUAGUGUUGAAUUAGGUGCACAAUGACCUCCAUUGGGUAUACAAGCUGUUAAUCCAUUCGAAUUACCAUUAUUAAACACUAUAUUAUUAUUAUCUUCAGGUGUGACAAUUACAUACGCUCACCAUUCUUUAAUACAAGGUAAUAGAAAAGGUGCUUUAUAUGGAACAGCUAUAACAAUUAUAUUAGCUGUAGUAUUUACUUUCUUCCAAGGUGUUGAAUAUUCAGUAUCUUCUUUCACUAUUUCUGAUGGUGUUUAUGGUUCAUGUUUCUACUUAGGUACUGGUUUCCACGGUUUACACGUUAUUAUUGGAACAGCUUUUUUAGCUGUAGGAUUAUGACGUUUAGCUGCAUACCAUUUAACAGAUCACCAUCACCUUGGUUACGAAUCAGGUAUAUUAUACUGACAUUUUGUAGACGUAGUAUGAUUAUUCUUAUAUAUUUCUGUAUAUUACUGAGGUUAUUAG